AUGUUUGUCUUGCCGGUGAUGCAAACAACACCAGAGGGAUCUCAACCGUUGGAGAAGGUUCCCACACAGAUCACACCGUCCGAUAUACAAUUACCAGUGGCGUUACUUUCACACUGGGGCCUUCCAUUCUACAGCGAGUUACCUGAAGAGGGAGUGGCACGAACAGAACUUAUGGAAGAAUAUUUAAUAGGUUUGACACGUCUGGUGCGGAUGCGUAAUGCUUUAUUUAAUGAGGCCUAUGAUAAUGCCUUACAGGUACUGGUGCGUGAUGAAACGGUGGAGCGAGAGUUUAUUGAAGAGGAUAGUAACGCACUGGUUUGGUGGAGUUUCAUUGAAUAUACAUCAGAAGAGGCACGAAGGGUUUUGGAGAGAAGAGAAGAAACAGAACGAUUGCGUAUUAUAGAUGCCUUCUUUGUAUCUGCGUUAUCCGAUAUGUCUCACUUUGAGACUAUUCAUCGUCAACAUGUGGCAACACAGUUUUUGGAUAGUUGUUUCUUGAAAUUAUGUCAAGUGAAACCUGGAUGGAUGUGGCGACGUGUUCCUCCUGUACUUGAUGAUGAGGACUCCUCUAUACCAAGAACCGUAAGGGCUCCACUAUGGGUGGGUGAACUUUCCGCUGAAGAGAGUGAAGCACGGAAGCGUAUUACCAAUAAUUUCUUUUCUGGAUUUAGUCUUAUUUUGGAAGUUUUCACAACUACAGAAAAACGGCUUAUGCAUAGUAAUCAUGUAAAAGAUUUUCAGUCUUAUGUGGUUCCACUCUCCGAGAUGGAGAAAAAGGCUACUCUUAUUCAAGCUACUUUUCGUGGAUACCGUGUUCGACAACGUAUUGCUGUUGCAGGAUGA